AUGCAUACACUGCUGACCCCAGUCGCGGAGCCCGUCGUGUUUUUAUCGGGGAGCACACCGGGCCAUGAAGAGCUUGAGGACGCUAGCAGACCGCCGCCGCAACUGCGCGGCAUGGUCAAGCUAUCGCUGCCGCGCCCCACUCGCGUAAAAGACAUUAUACUUACACUUACUGGCGUUGUGCGCACAGACUGGCCCGAAGGACUUGGCCAGAACAGGAUUGAAAUGGCGGAGCAAAUCCCCCUGUUGCGCCUGAAAACAAGCGUCUUCCGCACGGGCGACGGUCUUCCUAUCCCCCUGGACACCAUGCACGAUGCGGCACUUCCCGUUGUAACGUUGAACGAUCCAACGAAGCAGAAUGCCGGUGCAAUGCACACCCGCAUCGACGAUAUUGGGCGCGAGCCAAACAGCAACAUGCACAGCAACAUUGCGGCACGUCCAGCGCCGUUGCAUUCCGCCAGGAAGGGCGCAUUCAAAGGUUUGCUCGACGGUCUGCGCCUCCCCUCCCGCCCUGCACCUGCCGAGCCGUGCGUGGAAGCAGCGUGCUCAUCGCCGCCCGCGCGUGCAGAAUGGUUCGAGCUGCGCAAAGGCGACUACCAGUUCCCCUUUAGUGUAUCGUUACCCCUCGACCUCCCCCCCACGCUGCACGCCGACUUUGGGCACCUCGAGUACAUGCUAAAAGCGACGCUCAUGCGCAGUGGACCGCUGGCAGGAAACGUGAGCGACCAGCGCGAGGUGACGCUGGUCGAAGCGCCGGAUCCCGAGACGAACGCCGCAGCCGACUCGAUUGUCGUCUCGCGCACAUGCGAGGACAUGCUCUCGUAUGUCGCGACGAUUGCAGGGCGCAGCUUCCCUAUUGGAACGAGCAUCCCACUCACGCUGAAAUUCAUGCCCGAGAACAAGAUCCGGAUCCACCGAAUCACCAUCACACUCGAGGAGCAGACAGACUAUUUUGCGAACGAGCGCAAGACGAUGCGGCGCGAAGUGCCGCGCAAGUGGACCAUGCUGCGGCUCUCCAGCCCCCGAAACUCCACCUCGCCCUUGCUGCCGAUUCUUUCUGACGCGCCGCACCCACUGACAGACUCGCCCAUCGAGCCUUACGUCGACGCCGCUGCCGCGCUCGACCAGGCACAUGCACACGAGAUCACACUCGCGCCGCUGAGCCCCAGCGGCCCAUGGUGCCUUGCCAUGGACCUCACCGUGAGCAUGGCACAGCAGAAAAAAAUAAACAUUUCGUGCCAGCACCCCAGGUCCAACAUUACGAUCCACCACCUGCUAAAAAUUACGAUCCGCGUCGAGUCGCCCGCCCACGCUCCCGACACAUCCGGCGAAAAACGGCGCAUCAUUGACAUCGUGAUUGGUGUUCCCAUUACGCUCACCCAUUCGCACACCUCGCUCGAAUGGGUCAGCCUACCGAGCUAUGAAUCGACGCAGCAGCCCCCGUCGCUCCUUCCCGCAACGGUUCUUGGCGCCGGACCUCCUCCCCCACCCUUUACCGACUUUAUGUACACGCAACUCCCCCUCGACCUCCCGCCCAACGCCCCCGCCGAGCCCCGCGCGCCGCCGUCCUUCCACGUUUCCGUUCAGCACCCGCCAUAG